AUGUCGACUAAAACAAUCAAUAACGAGCAUAUCAAGAGGCCAAUGAAUGCAUUCAUGGUGUGGUCUAGAGGACAACGUCGAAAGAUGGCACAAGAAAAUCCGAAAAUGCAUAAUUCGGAAAUAUCAAAACGCUUAGGAGCUGAAUGGAAACUGUUAAGUGAAUCUGAUAAACGACCAUUUAUUGAUGAAGCCAAACGACUGAGAACUCUACACAUGAAGGAACAUCCAGACUACAAAUAUCGUCCUCGCAGAAAACCAAAAUCGUUAAUGAAAAAAGAGAAUAAAUUCGGCUUCACCUUGUCUCCAUUGAUACAGACAAGUGACACUUUAAAUGGAAUCUCGCGGAGUCUAUUGCCACCAUUAUCUACACCAUCAGCUCAUCCUUCACUUCUCAAUCAUGAGGAUCUAAAAAUCCCCAGAUUUUUCCCUUCAUUUCCGUAUUCUCUCUACCCAAUUCAACCUAAAAUUUCGGAAACGAUGGAAAACGGCAACAAACUAGCAGCUGAUUUGACAUUUCAAGCUAUUUAUCAUAGUGGCACUAUUUACGCGAGUCAUCAUGCUGCCACAUGGCCGAAUUUGCCAUCGUCACCAACAUGUCUCCAAGCCAACUGUCAUUGUUCUCCAGGAUCACCAAGGAAUCCAACACCAAAAGAUAAACUCUCAAGUGGAUUUAUGCUGAAUUUUGACAGUAAAAUCAACUCUGAUGACACCAAUUAUCCAUCAAGUCCAGUGCCAAAAUGUGAAAUGGAUGAAAUUAACUCUGAAAGUAGUGCCAAUGAAAAAUUGAUGGACGAAAACACAACUACUGAAAAUAAAAUGACAUUUUCAACACUGAAUGCAGGAAACAAAAGUGAGAAACAGCCGAAAAGUGGAAUUUCCUUAUCAGCUGAUUUCGAUCAUGAGAAGUCCUUGUAUCUUACGUCGGAUAAUUUGAGCAACGAUAAACGAUUGUCGGCAAUGGAAAAUUCGGAGAACGAAAAAUUGUAUUCAUCAUCUAGCAUGGGGAAUUCAUUUUCAGUCAAGAGUUUAACGUCAAAUCUGUCGACGAGAAAUCAUGUUAUUUGA